GGAUUUCAGACAAAUUCUUCAAGAAGCUACGAUUGGAGGGAAUAAAAACGACGUCGUUGCAGAGCAUUGACGAAGCGCGAUCUCCUCAAAAGGAAAAGCGUUCAUAAUUCAUAAAGCCAAAGGGAGUAGAUAUGCUCGGAGGAUUCUUUCAAGUCUUCACUUCAGUCGUUUCUUUCUCUCACUAGAGUCUAGAGAGAGAAAAACGCAAAGAGGAGAGAGAAAGCGAGAGGCAACACCAAAAGUUAAAGGCAGUUGAGGGGGGAAGGUUUCAGUUGGUAAUGCUGCAGAAUCCUCUGAAGGGCAAUUCGGUCAUUUCUAUGCUCAUCUCCGGCACUUCCGGCGGAGGACUCUGGUCAUCGGCGACGGCGACUUCCAAUGCUGGAUUAGCCAUCGCCGUCACGGCCUUCGCCGGACUCGCCUUGAUCGCUGCCGCUGUCUGUUUCGCUAGUAGGUAAACAAGAUAAAUCACCAUCAACAACACCGUCUAUAGCCUCUGAAAACCCUAGAAAUCACAUGUAUAUGUAUAUAUUUCUAUAUAUAUACACAUACUUGUUCAAUAGAUGAGAGCCCUAAGACGAACUCACACUUCGUCAUCGUCUUCAAAUUCUUCUUCACCGUCUUCGUCUUCGUCGUCGUCAUCAUCGUGGAUUCAUUUGCGAUCGGUUCUAUUCGUAGUUGCUUCUUCCUCACCAGCUUAUUCUUGUUCCCCCGAUCGUGGGCGUCUCAAAUCACCAUGGUCUCGCAAGAAAAAGAAACACGCACUUUCACCUCGCCAAUGGAGAAAUAUGCUCACUCCUGAUGGGAAACUCCGUGAUGGUGGAGUUAAGUUAGUGAAGAAAGUUCGCAGUGGAGGUGUUGAUCCAAGUAUCAGAGCAGAAGUUUGGCCGUUCCUGCUAGGAGUCUAUGACUUGAACAGUUCCAAAGAAGAAAGAGACAUUGUGAAAACUCAAAAUAGAAAGGAAUAUGAGAAACUUAGGAGAGAGUGUCGGCGACUGCUAAAACACAGUGGUGAGAGCUAUAAAUUGAAGGAAAGUGGUGGAACCUGUGGCAAUGGUGAGAAUGGGAGUUUUAUUCAUGACACAGAUUCUCCUGACUCUGAAGAUGUGGUUAGUGCAAGGGAGUCCCUUUCUAGUGAGGAAAGGAGCCCAGAUGGCGAGUACUCAGACCACCCUUCCAGUACAUUGCUGGAAGGAGAGGAUGUUUCAAGACGAAUCACAUGUGCAAGUUCCUCUGUACUCAACUCGGAGUCAUCUGACUCGGACUCUUCUGAAGACCCUGAUGUGAGUCAAACUUUCCCCUGCAUGGAAAGCAGGGAAGAGGAUGACCCAGACAUGCCUACUGGGGAGGAUUCUUCUCCUUCCAAAACAGAAGUACAUUCGAAAAUCCGUACUGCCGAGGAUUUUGCCACAUGGCAGCGGAUCAUCCGUGUUGAUGCAGUGCGUGCCAAUUCAGAGUGGAUCCCAUACUCACCAGCUCAGGCUGCAGUAUCGGAAGGCAGAGCACGCUGUUCUGCAGAGGCUGUUGGGUUGAAGGAUUAUGAUCACCUUGAGCCCUCCAGGAUAUUCCAUGCUGCUCGUCUUGUUGCCAUUCUUGAAGCCUAUGCACUUUAUGACCCUGAAAUUGGCUACUGCCAGGGCAUGAGUGAUCUACUUUCUCCAAUUAUUUCUGUGAUACUGGAGGACCACGAGGCUUUCUGGUGUUUUGUGGGUUUCAUGAGAAAGGCCCGACACAAUUUUAGACUCGAUGAGAUAGGCAUCCGAAGGCAACUCAACACAGUCUCCAAAAUCAUCAAAAGCAAGGACUCCCACCUCUAUAGACACUUAGAAAAGCUCCAAGCCGAGGACUGCUUUUUUGUCUAUAGGAUGGUGGUGGUACUCUUCAGGAGGGAAUUAUCCUUCGAGCAGACAGUCUGCCUGUGGGAGGUAAUGUGGGCAGAUCAGGCAGCCGUUAGGGCUGGGAUCGGAAAGUCUGCAUGGAGUAGAAUAAGGCAGCGGGCACCACCAACUGAUGACCUGUUGCUUUAUGCUAUUGCAGCCUCAGUUCUCCAGAAGAGAAAACUGAUUAUAGAGAAGUAUAGUAGCAUGGAUGAGAUCAUAAGGGAAUGCAACAGCAUGGCUGGCCACCUUGAUGUGUGGAAGCUCUUAAACGACGCCCAUGACUUGGUAGUCAGUCUCCACGACAAGAUAGAGACGCCCUUUUGAUUGCUUGCUGUCCCCACGACUUCUUCCUUCACUAAUUUAUAAUGGUCGGUUCUUUACUCGAUCUUUGUUUUGGAGAUGGAGGUCCUCAAAACUCCCUCUUAUCUACUGCUUGGAACAAGCAUUCCAAGGGCUAUUUAUGCAGCAGCAUUAUUCUAUUACUCACUUUCAAAGCUCAGUUGAGCAAUAGGACGAUUCAAAACCUGAAUUAUUUGGGGGACGCCAUCUCCUGAAACACGAUGCCACGGGAAAUAGGCGGGGGCUUUUGCUUAUCACCAAUAUACUGCAUUGGAUGAAAAAGGUAAGAGUUCCACAUUUGAUCCUCAAUCUUAUUUACUUGUAUUUCAUUUAAAAUGCUCUAAAAUAUGUUAGAUUUUGAACUGUGCCUAGCAAGCUGAUAAUUGAUGCUGUUGGAUUCAUUAAUGAAAGGGCAUGUGUGUCUUAGUCUUAGCCUUUCCUCCUUCCCUAAUCCAUUAUGUUUUUAUAAAAAAAUUGUGUUUUGUUAAA